AUGGCGAAAAAUGUUGUCAUCUUCAGCGAGAUAUUGGUUCUUGCUUGCUAUCACAUCGCUUUUGAACUUGAGCCAAAACCCCUGCAGGAUUUCUGCGUUGCAGAUCCUACUAGUAGCCAACAAAUAAAUGGCUUAGCAUGUAAGAAUUAUGCACUUGUUCAAGCCAGUGAUUUCUCCUUUAGCGGGCUACACAUUCCUGGCAACACUUCAAACCAAGUUGGGUCCAGAGUCACCCCUGUCUCUGUGGCUCAGCUUCCAGGACUCAACACUCUUGGGAUCUCAAUGGUGCUGAUUGACUUUGCACCAUGGGGUAUCAACCUUCCCCACACACACCCCAGAGCCACUGAGAUCCUGACAGUCCUUGAAGGCUCUCUUGAGGUUGGAUUUGUCACAUCAAACCCUAAGAAUCGCCUCAUCACAAAAGUCCUUAAAAAGCGAGAUGUGUUUGUAUUUCCAAUCGGACUUGUACACUUCCAGCGAAAUGUGGGAGCCAUUGCUGGUUUGCGCAGCCAAAACCCAGGUGUUAUCACCAUUGCUAAUGCUGUUUUUGGAUCAAAUCCUGCCAUUGCUGGUGAGGUUCUCAGCAAGGCAUUCCAAUUGAUCAAGAACAUAGUUGAUCAACUCCAAACCAAGUUUUAG